CGCGGGGAUGCUCUGCGGUGCCUUGCGGGACACCAGUCGACAUCGUUGUGUGUCUCCCUCGCUCCUCCGUCCGCUUCCGGCCAGAGCAGGAGGAGGUAGAAAGAAAGAAUAGCCAAGCGCGAGAGUAGAGACAGAGCGCGAGAGCGCGCGAGAGAGAGAGCUUCGUGUCGUCUUGUACUCUCGCAGUUUCUGUCUCGUCUGUCUGUCUGUCUGUCUGUCUGUCUGUCCGCCCGCGACUGACUGUCUCAGGCGUAGCUGUCGUCGCUUGCGUAUGUAGUUUGACUCUCUCGCUCCAUCUCUCUCUCUCUCUGUCUCUCUCCCCCUCCCUCGCUCUCUAUCCUCUCUCGCCCUCUGCCUGCGAGCGGAGCGGAGCGGAGCGGAGAGUCAGAGGCCGUCUGCUAUUUCUGCAGCACUUCCAUCUCUCUCUCGUCGUCUCUUCAAGAUCGACCCUUCUUCUUCGUCGUCUUGUUCUUCUCUCCCAAAUACUAAAGAAUUGCCCCUCUCGCUGAUUGCUUCAGUGCUUGAUUGCUUGCUUUGCUUGCUUGAUUGCUUGCGAGCCAGCGAGCCAGCGAGAGAGCGAAUUGCUCCGGCCUCGGAAAGAUCUGUGAGCCCUUUCACUCUCUCACUCUUUCACUCUUGCACUCACUCUCUGCGUGGUAGAGAUUUCACAUCGCACCCCACUUCGUCGACAGCCCAGGCUGGUAUCCGAUAGAUAGCUAUUGGUGUGCGUGCUGCUUGCGACCUCCCGCCAUCUCCUCCUCGCACUGCCCCUUUUACGUUCUUUACCCUUCCUCCUCUCCUCCUCCACCCGACAUUUCUUCGUCUUGUCGUUUCGUCCCUUGGCUGCUCUCUUCUUAUACCCUGGGCACCUUCUCCCUACACCUACUUAGGGACGACCUCAUUCCCCUGCGGUGUCGUCUUCGCCUCCUCCUCUGUCCUCCUCUCCAUCUCCAUCUCCCUCAUCUCCCCUCCCCUCUCCCCUCUCCUCCCCUGAUCACUCAAAUAGCCACUCCCCUGGUCCCUCGGCACUCUCCUCAGCUUUGAAUUUCGAACUCUCGUCUUCUGAAUCGAUCGGGGCCUGCGCCUACAUUCCGAUUUCAGUACAUGGUCCGUUCUCUCGCGCGGAGAGAUUGAUCCGAAGUUUGGAGUUGUUGCCCCCCUCCUCUUCCUCCUCUAGCAGCCAAGAACUUUGCGCCGAGGGAUGUGCUGAGAGCAACCGAGGCGCAUUCCAUCCGCGGAGUAAUCUGCGUCGGGUUAGUCUUCAACUGGAUUUUGAGGGCUAACCCACGAGUGCCAAUUUGUUCCGAGCGUUCGGUUUUUCUGAUGGUGUUACGCUCCCCAAUGCUUCCGACUCCGCAUAUCCCCUGAAUGCUUUACGUUUGCAGAGAUGUCGCAGAAUCUGCCGAAAGGCAUGGGGAAGACUGUGGCUGGGCUGGCCGUGGCCGUAGCUGCGGUGGCCUGCGCGGGGGCAGUGGUCGUUGUUAGUCGACGCAUCAGAGAAAGGGGACAGCGGGCGAAAUGUCUGGCCAUUCUAGAGGAAUUCAGAACUGCGUGCGCGACCCCCGUCAGCCGGUUGAGGCAAAUAGUCGACGCGUUGGUUGUGGAGAUGCACGCAGGCCUGGCGUCCGACGGAGGAAGUAGGUUGAAGAUGCUGCCGAGUUUUGUCGACGUUUUGCCGAAUGGCGAUGAGAAAGGGUUAUAUUAUGCUUUGGACCUGGGAGGAACCAAUUUUCGAGUUUUGCGUGUACAGCUUGGCGGCAAAGAAGGGCGAGUCAUCAAGCAGGAGUAUGAAGAAGUAUCCAUACCCCACAGACUCAUGGCAGCGUCGGGCCAGGAGCUGUUCGAGUACAUCGCGAAAGAGCUUGCAAGUUUUGUCAAUCGGGAAGGCGAGGGAUUCCGACCGCAUGGUAACCAGAAAAGAGAGCUGGGCUUCACUUUCUCCUUCCCUGUGAAUCAGACAGCAAUCAAUUCCGGCACUCUCGUGCAAUGGACCAAGGGUUUCACCUGCGAUGGCGUGCCUGGCAAGAACGUCGUACAGUUUUUGGAAGAAGCAAUGGCGAAAGUUGGAUUGCAGAUGAAAGUGACAGCUCUGGUCAACGACACAGUGGGUACUCUGGCCGGAGGGCGCUACUGGAACGAAGAUGUCAUGGUCGCUAUCAUAUUGGGUACAGGCACUAACGCCUGCUAUGUGGAGCGCGCUGAUGCCAUCAACAAAUGGAACGGGCUUCUGCCCCGAUCCAACUCCAUGGUAAUCAAUACAGAAUGGGGAAAUUUUUGGUCUUCUCAUCUUCCCAAGACGUACGCCGAUGAGGGUCUGGACGCAGACAGUGUGAAUCCAGGAGAGCAGGGCUUUGAAAAGCUCAUAUCAGGAAUGUACAUGGGUGAUAUCGUAAGGAGAGUUUUGUUGAAAAUGGCCCAAGAAGCCGACAUAUUUGGGAAGCCUAUUGCUCCUAAACUGAUGCAACCUUACACGUUGAGUACUCCCCACAUGUCAAAGAUGCACGGGGACGAAACUCACGACCUCAGGAAUGUGGCUAAAGUUCUUAAAGAUGCAUUCAAUAUCUCAGGUACAUCGUUAACUGUACGUAAGAUUGUAUACAUGGUGUGUGAAGUCGUAUGCGAGCGUGGAGGGCGAUUGGCAGCUGCGGGAGUUGUGGGUAUCCUGAAAAAGAUAGGAAGAGAUGGUACUGGGGCAGGGGCUGGUGGUCAGCCAUUGAGUAGAUCUUCGUCAGCAAAGAAUGUGAGCAGUAGGCCUAGGAGAACCGUGGUUGCCAUGGAUGGAGGUCUUUACGAGCACUACGGCAAGUUCAGAGAAUAUUUGCAGCAAGCGACAACCGAGCUUCUUGGGGAGGAAGUCGCCAAGAAUGUGCUCAUUGAACUUUCGAAGGAUGGGUCCGGGAUCGGUGCUGCUCUACUUGCCGCCUCCCACUCUCCCUCGCAGAAAAAUUUAUGAGUGGGCCCUCUCUCGCGUCGAAUACCCGUUUGCCACAGGCCUGAGUAAAGGUCUUCCUCAAGCUUACUCCUCCUUGGGAACAAAUUUAUAGUAGUCGGCAGUGGGACAUGCAGCAUAAUUGGCGAAUGUCCCUUCCCCCCUCCCUUCUGGAGUACAGCAGCUUGCAAAAGAUGUUGUUCGAUAUUCUCCGUGAGAAUUGUAUAUAAUCUUUCGCCUAUCGACUUCGAGGAAAGUCAAGUGGCAGUUGGAUCGUUCUCUUACACUCAUUGGAUAGACGGUAUCUUCACCAAUUUGAAGGUACUCGCAAUAUUGACCAACGUUCACAAAUCAGUGGAAGCAAUUUUUCGGGCUGAAGUGAAAUGUUCGGCUACUAAAGCUCCAGAUGUGUGAGAAGAACAAUAGAAACUUAUGUCAACAUAGUUUACAAGCUGAGGUAAACAUCUAGCUAGAGCUUGUACACAGGCAGGUUGUUGAUCAGUAGGGCAGGCAGAGUCAUUCUAAACCUCACAUAUUCUUGCACAAGCAUCGACAUCUAUUCCGUCUAAUUUAUUACGCCGUUUAGAUCUCUAACUUCACCAUUCUGUUCUUUUCUUCGCUUUGAGGACACUCUCCAAGGUUCCUUCAGGUGAUCAGUCAUCAAUCAAAUGUAUUUUCGUUCUUGUAAGCAAAGCAAGCACAGGUUGGAGACGACC